CCGGCGAACCAGUCAGCGAGAGAGGGAAAGUGUGUGAGGUGCAGAGUCUGUGCUUGUGUGUGUGUGUGUGAGUUUGUGUGUGUGCGUGUUACAGAGAGAGAGAGAGAGCGGCUGUCUCUGUCGGUGGAGGAGAAGCCAGGCAGCCGGUGCAGUAUUUUAAAGUGAUACAUCCUGCCUCUGUUUGGACUAUACCACUAACAGGGACUCACCCUUUGGACUAUCCCGGCGCUUCCUUCUCUUGCCUUUGAAGGGAACACCUGUGUGUGUGUGUGUAUGUGUGUGUGUGGUGGUGUGUGUGUGUGUGUGUGUGAGCCAACACAACGGACUUAGCCCUGGUGAACAGGGAACAGUGGAUGACUUCAGUGGAUGAGGGUUUUGCUGUUGGAAAGAGGGGAUCUGCUGACCAUGGACUCCCCUCACUAGUAAACGGGGGUGGCGAGGAGGAGCAGGGGCUUGGUCCGGUCAUCAUGUGCACGCGGGCCUAUCCUGACCCCGUCCCUGAGUGCCAGCUGUUCCCGGGAGAGGUGGAGGAGCCUGAGGAGGAGGUGGCAGACGACGGCAGGGAGAGGGAAUCAGACAGAGACAGCGCAGUGGAAAGCACCCAAGGGUCCGACACCUCAGACGGGCUGAUCAGAUCUGUAGACAAAGAAGACGCACUGGGGGAUCUCUUUUUCCCUGGGGAGAAGUGUGGUCACACCAGCGUCUCAGUGACCUCUGACUUAUCAACACGAUCCUCAGCUUCUCUGAACGAGGAGCAGUUUGAAGACUACGGAGAAGGAGAGGAACCAGACUACAUUCCCAGCAGCCCCUGCCCAGACGACGAGACUCGAACCAACGGGUACUCUGAUCUCGGCUCAUCUGUGCCCUCUAGUGCGGGGCAGACUCCUCGUAAGGUGCGUCAGCAUUACACCGGUGAACUGAUGGAUGUCUACUGUUCUCAGUGCAGCAAAAAGGUCAAUCUGCUAAAUGACCUGGAGGUUCGCCUCAAAAACCUCAAGGCUAACAGCCCAAGCAGGAAAAUCUCCAGCACUGCUUUUGGAAGGCAGCUGCUUCACAACAGCAACCUGAGCAGCAGUAACGGCAGCACAGAAGACCUUUUCCGAGACAGCAUCGACUCCUGUGACAUCGACAUCAAUGAGAAGGUGAGCGCUCUGGAGAAGAAGGUGGCAGAACUCGAGAAUGAGAUUCUGAUGAACGGUGAUAUCAAGUCCAAGCUGAAGCAGGAGAACACACAGCUCGUACACAGGGUUCAUGAGCUCGAGGAGCAGCUGAAAGACCAGGAGACGCGAGCAGAACUAAAUCUGCAGGAGGAGCUCAGACGACACAGAGAGUCCUACAGCAAGAUGGAGAGAGACAAGAGCACACAGAUAGAGCUGCUGACCAACCGAGUGAAGCAGCUGGAGGAGGAGAACAGCGAGAUGUCUCUCAGCAUGUCCCGGCUCAAGUCACAGACAGAGAAACUGGAUGAGGAGAAGCAAAGGAUGACCGACAAGUUGGAGGACACCAGUUUGCGCCUGAAAGAUGAGAUGGACCUCUACAGGAAAAUGAUGGACAAACUGAGACAGAACAGACAGCAGUUCCAGAAAGAAAAGGAAGACAUGCAGGAGCUGAUAGAGGACCUACGUCGAGAGCUGGAGCAUUUGCAGCUUUUCAAGCUGGAGACCGAGAGGCCUGGCCGCAGUCGCAGCUCUUCCUCUGGGCUGGCAGACUUCAACAGCAGGACCAGAGAGGUGGAGCUCGAGCACGAGGUCAAGAGGCUUAAGCAGCGAUUUGUGUCCCAGGACUUUCUCCCCCCUGAAUUCCAGCACCUGGUGUUGUCUGGGGCUCGGCUCCGUCCUGGUCUGAUGGACAACCAGAAGCUGAGGGAGCAGAACGAUGAGCUUAAUGGCCAGAUCCUCAGCCUUAGUCUAUAUGAAGCAAAGAACCUGUUUGCCACACAGACCAAGGCCCAGUCUCUAGCUGCUGAGAUAGAAAAUGCCUCCAGAGACCAGUUAAUGGAAGCCCUGAAGGAGCAGGAAGAAAUCAACAUACGUCUGCGACAGUACAUGGACAAAAUCAUCCUGUCCAUCCUGGACCACAACCCCUCCAUCCUGGAGAUCAAAGGCGACUAGCAGUGACUCAACUGGAAUGAGAAUCGUUCCCUGUCUCGGGAGAAUGAGGAUCAUUCCAGUUGUCCGAUCAGAAACUGCAACCCGAGUCAGGAAUCUGUACAGGAAAGCAGAGAGGACCAGAGCCGUCUUAGAAACUGGAACAUAUAUAUAGACUCGUAUCGCCCCCUGCUGUUUGUGGCGGGAAAUAGCUAAAGGGAGUCUUCUCAACCAGGGAUUGCUCUCUGACUGCAGGUCAUACUACUGUGACUCUUCAACUUCAUCUACUCUGCUCUGUUUUUAUUCACUGUCUAUGCUGUGAACUGUAGUUUCUGUCACAACUUUUAUCUCAUCUGCAAAAACAGGUGAUUUUUCUUCCUGAAUAUCCUGCACUCAACAUGCUUUGAGGAUGGACUGGAUGUAGUACACUGGACACAUGUACCUGGACAUAAAAACCGGAACAAUGUAACAAACCUGAUGUGCGUUCUACUGUACCCUGGUGUAAUAUUAAUUGUAUUGUACAGUUCGGUACGAUGUUUAAGGAAAAUACAGUGAGACAGACAAACAAGCUGGCAGACAGACUGUAAACCUAACCCUCAGAGGCAUGAAGGCAGACCAGCCAUGUGUUGCCUGAUCUGCAAACGGCCCCUUUUUUCUCCUCUGUCAUGUAGGUGUUCUCUGAAGAAUGCAUGUUGACGACGUAUUUGGAAAGGCACGUUUUAAGAAAGGAAAGAGAAAAGUGUCAAAAAGUGGUCUGAGAAAGAAAAUAAGAAGCAGAAAAUGUAAAGCAAAGCAUUGCUUCUUUAAAGAAGUGAGGUGUCAGACAUUGGACCAUGUAAGCGAGCAAAGGAGGGUUUUAGUGAAGUCGGUGAUGGAUAACUGAAGGUGAAUAUGUUUUAUUCCUGAGAACAUGUCUUCCAGUAACCUUGCUGUGUCAAUCAGUCCAAUAUAGUGAUUUUUUUUCACUGAGAAGUGGCCCUUAGUUGAUUCAGAUGGGUAGUAGAGUGUCACUUUAUGGAGCAGAAGCUGCAACCAAGGAGUGUCUUUAAACUGUAACUUCCAUGGCUGCUAUUUGCUGGCAAUGCAUUGGCAUGAGAAGGUUACACUGUUGCUAGCAAUAGACCCAACAAUGUUGCACAGAAAUAAAAGGAUAUGAAUGUACAGGGUUUGUGGUGGAUUCACGUCGGGAGUGACUGGUAGCCAUUGUAAAACGGUUUACUGGAUCAUCUCUGUAUGCUCAGUGAAAUAAACUCAAAUAUUGUACGUGAGCAUGCACAGGAGACUCACCUUUUGGUAACUAAAAAAACUGGAUUAGCAAUUUCAUUGAAGCCUACAGGUUGCAGAUUAUUUUUAAAACCCUCAAACUCUCUAAUACUGUAAAUAUCACGAAUGUACAACUGGAUAUUUCACUCUCUGUGAGGCCAAAAAGGCAUUUUGACUUUAAAUCACUGUAAUUGGUCAAGAUUUGUUGUAACACACAUGUACAGUAUUCCGUACUGUAAUGAAGAGGGCAUCAUGUGGCGAAGGGAAACAAUACAAUCUGCUGUAUUAUGUAAUUAUUUUAAACUUGAGUUUUGCUUCCUUGCACAAAAGAAAAAUCUGUUUCCUUUUGCAUGGUUCACCUUUUCUUCUGUCUGUGCCUUUUGAGGACAUUUUUCAAGAUGAUGUUGCUAUAGAUUUACAUAGUUUUUUGAAGGUUCAUUCUAUGUCUCUGUCUGACAUAUUUUCUUGACUUGUAAAUGUUGUAAUUAUAGUGAUAAUUUGUAUUUAUGUGCCACUCACCACUCUUUUUCAGAUUGAUACUAUGAAAACUAUUUUAUACAGUUUUAUCAAGAACGAACUUGUGAUUGCUUAGGUGUCCUGUUAGAAAAGCGGUAUAGCACAAUGCUUUGUAUGAUACGCAGGUCAGGUUAGCAUUUUGGGGAUUUUCUCAAUGUUAUGGUUUUUUUAAUGCAGUGGGGGGUAAUUUGUUUCAUUUCUCAAUUUUUUUUUGGUUAGUCACGGUAAGUCCAUUGCUUUUCGAUCUGCUUUAACCUGGCUUUUUAUAUGGUUGUAAACUGUCUUCCUAACUUAAACUAAAUGGUGAGCAUUAUGAGCAAUAUUAACUUAUUUACCAAUACCUGCUGAUUUGUGUCUUGUUUUGCUUCACAAAUCUUUUCAUUCUAUAGCUGCUCGUGCCAUUCUAGAUUUUAAAAAAGUAAAUUUAAACCAUACAUUAAGCUGUAAAAUUUUUCACCAACCCAUUUCUUGUAGCUCUUAAAUUUUGAAUCAUUAGGGCUAUCCAAUGUGAUGUAGUCACUAUAAACAGCAAUAAAAAUGGCUUUGGCAGUGAUGCUGGCUCAUGAAAUCA